UAACUCUCAAUCUUCUCAUCUGUAAAAAGAGGGAGUUGGAUUAAGCCAAAGCUAAGCCUCCUACCACUUCUAAUUCCCUCACACUGGUCUCACUCAUGCCUGAUUUAUGAGUUACAAACUCUCCCUUUUCCAACCACCCAGGAAAGAAGAGGGCCAGAAGAGGACAGCCACCUACUUGUCAUGACAAGAAAUAGGAGAAACCAAAACAAGACCGCAUGUUACUUGCACAAGUUGCUGUGUCAGCGAGUUGUGGAUAUAGGUGAAAAGCAUGGUUAUAAUUAGAGCAGCAGCCUGAGGGCUCCACCAGCCGCCUGGAGCACCGCUGGAUCUGCCGACUGCACGCACAGGACUCCGGGCAGCUUGCUCUGGCCUUGAAAAUGAUCCUUAAAAGGAUUUUCUUCCUUCCUCGAGGGAAAGAAAACCCAUUGACAUAAAACCUCACUUCCCUUCCGGCUUCCCCUGUGCAAUACCACUCCAGUAGAGAUCGAGUGUUGAUAAAUGCAGGGGAAAGAAAAAAAAAAAAAAUCAGUAAGCUGAGCCUGGUCACAUUGCUCCUUGUGAUAUAGUUUUAUUUUUAACCUCGAAAUACUUGGACUAUUUCUGUCGGACUUUUCUCUCCUUUCCCAGCCUCCUGGACAGAACUCUGCUCUGUGCGGCUGAUGCAGCUUCCUCUGCCUCCCAGGACCUGCCUGCGCGCAACCAGGGGACACAGGCGCAGCAGAUGCUGACGCAGCCCACGCGGUGCAGAGUUAUAAAACAAGAAGAAAUCUGGAAGCUAUGGGCAAGGCACGCAGGCCUCUACCGGGACAGCACAGGCACUGUGAGAGCUGCUUCAACCGUCACUGCCACAUUCCCGUGGAGCCCAAUGUCUCCUGCAUGGUGAUAAACUGCCACCUGUCCUGUGGUGCCACCUUCCACCUGUGCAAAGAGGCAGAGCAUGAGCUCCUCUGCCCAUUGGAGCAGGUUCCAUGCCUCAACUCAGAAUACGGCUGCCCCCUUUCCAUGUCCCGCCACAAGCUGGCCAAGCACCUGCAGGUGUGUCCCGCCAGCGUGGUCUGUUGCUCCAUGGAGUGGAACCGCUGGCCAAACGUGGACUCCGAGACAACCCUUCAUAAGAACAUCAUGAAAGAGACCCCUAGUGAGGAGUGUUUGGACACAGCCCUGGCCCUCCAGGACCAGAAGGUCCUUUUCAGAUCUUUGAAAAUGGUAGAACUUUUCCCAGAAACUAGAGAGCCCACUGAGGAGGAACCUACUAUGAAUGGCGAAGCCAGCUGGGAAGAAAUGGGAGGAGCGGUGGGUGGAGCAAAUGCUGCUUUAGUGCCACAUAGCUCCCUGUCAGCCACUAAAGAAGAGAUGGCAGAACUGAGUCAAGAAGAACGCCAGAUGUUGGCCAAAACCAAAGAAGGGAUGGACCUCGACAAGUUUAGCCAGUGGGAAAAUAUUUUCAGCAAAGAACAUGCAGCCUCUGCUUUAACAAACUCAUCAGUGAGCUGUGAGAACAAGAGCCCUAAUGGCCCAGGGAAAGAACAGAUUUCCGUCAGCAAUAACAUGAUAGGAGAGGCCAGUGCCGAAGAAUUACAGGAAAACCAGAGACAGCAGGACUAUCAUGCAGCUAUGGAAACAACAGGGCUUGCCCCUUGGCAGGAUGGUGUUCUGGAGAGACUGAAAUCAGCGGUGGAUGCGAAGGACUACAAUAUGUAUCUGGUGCACAAUGGGAGAAUGCUUAUCCACUUUGGUCAGAUGGCUGCUUGCACACCUAAGGAGAAAGACUUUGUCUAUGGCAACCUAGAGGCUCAGGAAGUGAAGACAGUGUAUACCUUCAAAGUUCCUGUGAGCUACUGUGGGAAGCGGGCGCGUGUUGGAGAUGCCAUGUUGAGUUGUAAGCCAAGUGAACACAAGGCAGUAGACACUUCAGACUUAGGGAUCGCUGUGGAGGACCUGCCCAAGUCAGAUCUCAUCAAGACCACCCUCCUGUGUGCUUUGGAAAGAGAACUGAAAGGUCACGUCAUCUCUGAAUCCAGGAGCAUUGACGGGCUAUUCAUGGAUUUUGCUACCCAGACAUACAAUUUUGAGACAGAACAGUUUUCCUCUGGAACAGUGCUGGCUGACCUCCUAACCGCUCCCAACCCAGAGGGGCUCCAUGUGGAACUCCACAGUGAGUGUGUGACCAGGAGGCACAACAAGAGCAGCUCUGCCUUCACUUUCACCUGCAACAAAUUCUUCAGGAGGGAUGAAUUCCCCCUGCAUUUCAAGAAUGUCCACACAGACAUUCAGUCAGGUCUUGAUGGCUGGUUCCAGCAUAGGUGUCCUCUUGCCUACUUAGGAUGUACAUUUACUCAAAACCAUUUCCGCCCACCAGGGAAAAAGGCAAAACUAAUCUAUAGUCAAGAGCUCAAGACCUUUGCCAUCAAGCCAGAGGUUGCUUCUGAGCUGAAUGAGGGAAGGAAGAACAACCAUCUCUCAGGCCCUGGAGGAAAAGGCCAGAAUUCUCUCACCAGCCUGCCCUUGGAGAUUUUGCAGUACAUUGCUGGGUUCUUGGACAGCAUCAGCCUGUCCCAGCUCUCCCAGGUGUCUGUGCUGAUGAGGAAUAUCUGUGCCACUUUGUUACAAGAGAGAGGGAUGGUCCUCCUGCAAUGGAAGAAGAAGAAGUAUUCCCAUGGAGGCACCUCCUGGAGAGUCCACAGAGAGAUCUGGCAAUUCAGCAGCCUCUUUUCUAAAAUCAACAGCUGGGAAUUUAAUGAAGUCACCUCCAUGUCUGAGCACCUGAAGACGUGUCCUUUCAAUGUUGUGGAGCACAAGACUGACCCAAUUCUUCUAACCAGCAUGUGUCAGCCCCAGGAGAAGGCCCGAGAGAGCUUGGUCACCACCUUUAGAGCCAGACCACAAAAAAGACAAACCAACUAAAUGUUCAGAUACCUCCCUUCUUGAAUUUCUCCUUGGAGUUACUGAAAGUAGGACAGAGACUGCUUCUCUCUGUAAACUGCAUAUAUGCUUAUCUGGGUGUAUUCGAACAUGCAUUGUCCUUCAAGGUCUAAGAAUUUUCUAAGCCCUGCCUUGUACCUGCUAUAAUACCAUACUGAUGACUUACUUCUUUUCCUUUUUUAUUUCUAAGAUAAAUCAGGCUGAAGAGAAAAUAGGUAACGAGGUCAUUGAGGAAGAUAAGCCAAAUUCCUUAGAAAUGAGAGAACAAUGAAUUCCAUAACCAGUAUGGGCCUGUGCUUUUAUUAGGCAGGGGUUGGGGUGGUCAGUUUAUAAGCACGUUCCGAUUUGUGGGGCAGGCAAUACAGGGAUGUGGACUAAGAUGCCGGUCCUCCAUGGUGAAGGGCUCACAGUUGCAAGGUUCUGGGGUCGGGGCUGUUAGUUGCCCCACUACCCCUAAGCCAAGACAGUCCGAACACAGCCCUACAGAAUAGAGACCUUGGCUAAGCACAGCAGCCUUGAAGACAUCACAAACCAAAGGAUAAAUGUUGUGCACAAUCUUGGCAACAUAUAAGAAAAACCUGAAAAAUGAAGGGUCCAUAAGACACACUAUAUUCAUGGAGAAAAUUAGGGCAAAAAGCCUCAAGCCUACAUUUAAACAUUUUAAUAAUGAUUUAAGAAUCAAGGUUCUUUUCUUCUGAAACCUGUAGGUCCAGAUUAUGAAGAACAUUGCAUAGCCCAGCACCAGCACCCACUGCAGGGCCUGUGGCACCAGUCACCAGGUCCUAAACACCACCUGAGUAACCCAUGGGGAUCUUGGGAAGGAAGUGGGACCAUAGUGGUUCCCUGUAAUCGUUCCUACAUGUUAUUGGUCAUCUUCAAGUGUCAAAAAUGGGUGACACUGCUAUUUUGGGUAACAAACAGUGAUACUCAUGAGAACAAAAGUAAAAGGAAAAUACACAAUUGAAAUUGACCUCCCCUAAAGCAGAGUUUCUGGGAACUGCUGACAUUGUGGACUGAGUAAAUCUUUGUCACGAGGGGCUGUCUUGUGUGUCAUAGUAUAUCUUGCAGCAUCCUUAGCCUCUAGUCAUAGUACGCCCACAGCUGUAGCAACCAAAACUGUCUCCAGACAUUGUUAAAUAUCCUCUGAGUCACUCCUGGUUAAGAAGCACUGCCCUAAAAGAUGACAUACCAGUGGCAGUAAGUUAGGAUUGGCUGUUUAGUACAGCAAAAUCUCUCACACACAGUUAUCUACAAUGGUGAUGACUGCAUCAGCUUUGUAGUUACUGAGGAGGUUCUAGACACAUGGAGAUAUUAACUUGUGAAUUGAAUUAAGUGGGGCUGGUUUGUUUGGUGUGCCUUUAUGCCCUGGGAUCGUGUUCAAAAGCACAUUCCUUCAGCUCUCCCCCAGUGUUGCUGAAGCCAGGAGCUAUUUAUCUUGUGUUUACAUCCCUCUCACUUUAAUUGGGGCCAUUUUCUCAGUCCUAGCAGUCCUCAAACAAGUGAGAAAGAAGGGAAAUGAGGACAGACACUGUGGGCAAGUAGAGAACAAAGAAUUUAGCCAACAACAACAACAACAACAACAACAAAAAUGAGGCUAAUUGAUCUGAAUGCUUGCUGUUGCCUGGAUCUCUCUUUGAACAUGGUCUGAAGCUGGUGUAGAUGAAGUAGGUGGCACCUCUGAGAGGAGACAAGAAGCAUUUGAGCAAGUCCCAGAACAGAAGUAUGCUCAUCUUUUUAUUAGAAUAUGCCACUUGGUACUAUUCGGUUAUGUAACUAUUUUUCCUCAUUCUUAUCGUUUGGUUUAUAUUGCACAUUUGUAUAGAAGGAAUCAUUUUCUAAAAAUACAAAUAGAGUGUGAGCUAAGAUUUUAUUCGGUGAAGAUGAGUAACUAGAAACAACUAACCACUGAAGUGGGAGGGGAAGGAGAAGGGAGAUUGCUUCAGGUGUCGGUUCCAUGUAUUUUGGCUCUAGUCCUUCCUAUAUGAAAAAAGAAAGCUCCCAAAGUCCAUUCUGGGUCUUUCCUUUUACUGGAAGAAAAGAAAGAAAGGGGAGCCAAGGGAGAUACAAAUUAGGGGCUACAGUUAGAUGGGUGAGAAGUAUAGAGAAAGGAAGAAAGCAGAAGGGCUUUCCCUUUGCAAUCUGGGUGGGUGGGGGCAGACAGGGCUCAGGGAGCAAUCACGACAGUGCCACACAGCUCUGUGGGCUGCACAGUUUCUGUCCCACUUUCCUUUCCUUGUUGGUGCCUUCAGAGCAAUAUUGAAUCAAUCAACACCAUCACAUUUUGUAAGAUAUCUGAUUGUACAUCUUGCAGAAAAGCAGGAUACCGCAGUAUAUGCACUGGUCUACACAAACAAGCA